AGCGGAAUUCCGCGGCAACAUGUAGAGCAGCAACAAAGGCAGCGAACGAAAAACUACAGAAAAUAAAUAAAAGGAAAACAACAAACACGAAUUAGUGCUAUAUGUAAAAGUCCAAAAAACCACCCGAAAAUUGGACAAGUGUCGCCGGCGGUGGGCAAUCAAAAAAUAAAACAUUCAGGGCAUCACAGAUGCCGCGAUGACGGAGCCAAUUAGUGCGGCGGUGCAGCGGCGGAGGCAACUGCUCCGCAGCGUGGAAAGUUUGCGCGGUCGUGUUCGUCAAGUGCUAAAAUGUGUUAUUAAUCUGCAUAUUGAGUUUUUGGUAAUUGAUCGACGAACCUCUUCCCUUUCUUUCCCUGUCCAAAUUGUUUUUACCACACAAGCGUAAUCCACUUGGCCGCAGAGUUACACUUUUGUUGCUGGUUUAAAGUGUUGCAAACACAUUGACAGAUUCUAUAUCUGGUAUAUAUGUACAACUGUGCCUCUGUCUGUAUAAUCUCCUUCUUAUCUGGCCUUUGUGCCACUUCUGUUAUCGCUCCAUCACUUUCGAAAUAUUAUCUGUGCUUUCACAAACAAUUCUGUUCAUUUCGGCUUUCAUUCUAAAAAUAGCUCUUUUAUUUGGAUACAAAAAUUAAAUUGUAAUGCAUUAAGUAAGCUAGUAGCAGUAAAAUUAUCUUACCAUUUUUACUAAAUGCCGUCUUCAACUAGUCGUAUACGUAAUCUUCAUAAAAGUAACGUCACAUUUUUGCAUGCUUUUCUUAAUGAAAGCUUGUCAACAAACUCUUAGCAUUUAGCUUAACAAUGGUCAACCGACUAUAUCUCUUAACCCCUUUUAGCCAUUGUAAUUUGUUAUCGCUAUUUCUGCUGCCAUUUCACCUGCUAUCACCUGUUGUUCAACAAUGCGCGACCGGCAACUCUGUUAACAGCUGCAGCAGCGAUUUGGAACAUGUUAAUGCAAUUAUAGCCAGUUAUUGGGAACGAAAUGUUAGAAUGUUGGACGGGUCAGAGAGGGUUGGGGGUGCGACGUGGGGGUAGUUGGGGACUGCAGUGAUUACUAGCACCGCUAAUUAGACAAUGUCGGUUCGGCCAUAGGCAAACGAACGGUUUCGCAAUGCAUGGCACAGUCAUGGCCAGAUGAAUAAGUAUAAAGUUAUUUCCGCACAGGAUGAUUACCCGCUUCUUCGUUUGAUUUUAACUUUUGAUAACUACCUUUUUGGUGUAGAGUGUUUGGGGUAGGGUUUACUUUUCACCCCUUCGAAACAUGCACCCAACAUGAGCUUAGUUGGCCGUGUUCCUAGGCUUGGCUAAUUUGGCACUAAUAGAGACGCUAGUGACGAGGCCUUUGGAAAGAUAUUAGAGCUGAAAUCCGAGCCAACAUCGCCGAAUGAAUGGCGCGAAUAAGGGGGUCCGGAAUGGCGACCUGGAUGGGUGGAUAGCUCAGCCGGCGGGAAAGUGCUCGAAUCCGAUGUGGCAGCUUUGCUGGAUGAGGUGCGCGAAUUCAACGACGACCACGAGGAGAUGCAGCGCCUGGACAGGAUGAUCGAGGCUCUGCGGGACUAUAGCGGACCCACGAUAUGCCACGAGUGGCCCUAUCCCCUUAUCUUCAAAGGCACAAUCGACGAGGCACAUGUCGCACAAAUACUCAAUGCCAGCGAACUGGAUUUGGAUACGAAGUUGGUCAAGGUGUCCGGCGGAAGGAACUGCAUCCAUGUGGAAUCCGAUGUGGUCACAGCUCAAAGGCGCUCCAGAUUGCUGUGGUUCUCCAGAAGAAGCAGGGGGAAACGAGCUGAGCGCUUAAAGGAACCUAAUCCUGUAGUUUGAGCUUAGCUCUGAGAUUGAAACUAGUCCGAAAUGCAUAUGAACAAAGUAUUGUAGCCCAAGCUAUAAUCUGCCAUUACAAAAGAGCCGAACAUAUUUGAGUAUAGUAUAAUUAAGAAAGACUGCGCUGAGAUGUCAUUAACCUCCUUUAAUUGCAAAUUAUAAAUUGACAUCCUUAAGCACAUAAUUUUUGAAGAAGCAUGACAUGUUAAAAAAAAAUAUUUGAAAUAUCAUAUUCCAUCUAAGUUAAGAACCUUGUGUGAUUAAUAAAACGAUUUCACUUGAAAGUAU